CCGAGACGAUGAGCCUGCUAGCAGCCCUCGAACAGGCUAGCUGUGUGGAGCUAGCGUGUUACCAAGCAGUGCAGUAUAUUUUCGGGACGGCACGAUGACGAACAACAAGAAGUGUUAUAGACUUACUCCACUACAGAAUAUUGACAACCUCGGUGGGAGCUAGGGACGUGUUUCCUUCUGAAAAGCGGCACUGUCCCGACCGCCCCGUGUCACUCUUCGGAUGGACUAAAGUAGCGCGGCUGCUUGGGAGUUCUCGAGCGGAUGGGAUUUACUCAGCUAGCCGCGGCUAAUGAUUGAGCAGUCCGACUAGCUUUACGGCUAACCGGUUGCCGUUAGCUGACACAGUUGGUCAAAAUUGCUCAUCUGGUAAUUACUGGGCUCAGAAUAGAGAGGAUCUGCUGGCGAAGCCAUGGCUCCCAGACCAUCAUCGGGAGAACUAUGGGGGAUGCACUUGAUGCCCCCCAGCAUCCUAGUGGACUGCCUUCUGCCAAAUGGCAUGAUUCUCACGUUGGAGUGCCUCCGGGAGGCCACACUUACUACAGUCAAGCAUGAGCUUUUCAAAGAGGCCAGGAAGUACCCUCUCUACCAUCUGCUGCAGGAGGAGAGCUCCUACAUCUUUGUCAGUGUCACCCAGGAAGCAGAGCGGGAAGAGUUUUAUGAUGAGACCAGGAGGUUAUGUGAUCUUAGGCUUUUCCAGGCCUUCCUCAAGGUUAUUGAGCCAGUAGGCAACAGAGAAGAGAAGAUUCUCAACAGAGAGAUAGGUUUUGCUAUUGGUAUGCCUAUAUGUGAGUUUGAUUUGGUGAAAGACCCUGAGGUGCAGGACUUCAGAAGGAACAUUUUAAAUGUUUGCAAAGAAGCCGUGGACCUCAGAGACAGCAACGGACCCCACAGCAGAGCAUUGUACGUCUACCCUCCCAAUGUUGAAUCCUCAGCAGAGCUUCCCAGGCACAUCUAUAGCAAGCUAGACAAAGGUCAAAUCAUUGUGGUCAUUUGGGUCAUUGUUUCGCCCACCAAUGACAAACAGAAGUACACCCUGAAGAUCAAUCAUGAUUAUGUACCAGAGCAAGUGAUUGCAGAAGCCAUUCGGAAGAAGACGCGCAGCAUGCUGCUCUCCCAGGAGCAGUUAAAGAUGUGUGUGCAGGAGUAUCAGGGAAAGUACAUCCUCAAAGUCUGCGGCUGUGAUGAGUACUUACUGGAGAAAUACCCUCUGAGUCAGUACAAGUAUGUGCGCAGCUGUAUCAUGCUGGGAAGAAUGCCUAACCUGAUGCUAAUGUCAAAAGACAGCCUGUAUUCCCAACUGCCCAUGGAUUUCUUCACCAUGCCGUCAUAUGCAAGGCGAAUAUCCACAGCAACACCCUACAUGAAUGGGGAAACAGCCACCAAGAAUCUGUGGACUAUCAACGGAACGCUAAGGAUUAAGAUACUGUGCGCCACUUAUGUCAAUGUCAACAUCAGAGACAUUGACAAGAUCUACGUCAGGACUGGGAUAUACCAUGGUGGAGAGCAGCUGUGCGACAAUGUCAACACACUACGUGUGCCGUGCUCAAACCCCAGGUGGAACGAGUGGCUGACUUACGACAUGUACAUUCCAGAAGUCCCCCGAGCUGCCCGACUCUGCCUCUCCAUUUGCUCUGUCAAAGGAAGGAAGGGAGCUAAAGAGGAACACUGUCCCCUCGCCUGGGGCAACAUUAACCUGUUCGACUACACCCACACACUAGUAGCAGGGAAGAUGGCUCUCAACCUGUGGCCUGUCCCACAUGGCCUGGAAGACCUGCUCAACCCUAUCGGUGUCACGGGCUCCAACCCUAACAAGGAAACCCCAUGUCUGGAGCUGGAGUUUGACCAUUACAGCUCCCCUGUCAAGUUUCCUGAUAUGUCUACCAUUGAGGAUCAUGCAAACUGGAACAUAUCCAGAGAGCUUGGCUUUAAUUACUGCCACACUGGUUUGAGUAACAGACUGGCACGGGACAACCCCCUGACUGACGGCGACAAUGAGCAGCUACGGCAAGUGUGUAACAGAGACCCACUUUCUGAAAUCACUGAGCAGGAGAAGGACUUCCUGUGGAGACACAGACAUGACUGCAUCAAUAUGCCAGAGAUCCUUCCCAAGAUCCUCCUGGCUGUGAAGUGGAACUCCAGAGAUGAGGUUGCACAGGUUCUGAAGUACGAGCAGUACCUUGAUAACCCACUCGCACGGUUCCUGCUGAAAAAGGCGUUAACCAAUCAGAGGAUAGGACAUUUCUUCUUCUGGCAUUUAAAGUCAGAGAUGCACAACAAGACAGUGAGCCAGCGGUUUGGUCUGCUUCUGGAGUCCUACUGCCGGGCCUGUGGCAUGUAUCUGAAGCACUUGAGCAGACAGGUGGAGGCCAUGGAGAAGCUCAUCAAUCUCACUGACCUCCUCAAACAGGAGAAAAAAGAUGAGGCUCAGAAGGUUCAAAUGAAGUUUCUGGUGGAGCAGAUGAAAAGACCUGACUACAUGGAUGCACUGCAGAGCUUCACCUCUCCGCUGAAUCCGGCACAUCAGCUGGGAAACCUCCGCCUGGAGGAAUGCAGGAUGAUGUCGUCAGCAAAGAGACCUCUGUGGCUUAACUGGGAAAACCCAGAUAUGAUGUCGGAGCUGCUCUUUCAGAACAAUGAAAUCAUCUUCAAAAAUGGAGAUGAUCUGAGGCAGGACAUGCUGACGCUACAGAUCAUUAGGAUAAUGGAGAACAUCUGGCAGAACCAAGGCCUUGAUCUCAGGAUGCUGCCCUAUGGCUGUUUGUCUAUCGGCGACUGCGUGGGUUUGAUCGAGGUGGUGAGGAACUCUCACACCAUCAUGCAGAUCCAGUGCAAAGGAGGCCUGAAGGGGGCGCUGCAGUUCAACAGCCACACUCUACAUCAGUGGCUCAAGGAUAAGAACAAGGGAGAGAUGUACGACCAGGCCAUCGAUCUGUUCACACGGUCGUGCGCAGGCUACUGUGUAGCUACAUUUAUCCUGGGCAUAGGAGAUAGGCACAACAGCAACAUCAUGGUUAAAGAUGAUGGGCAGCUGUUCCACAUAGACUUUGGUCACUUCCUUGACCACAAAAAGAAGAAGUUUGGGUACAAGAGGGAGCGCGUCCCCUUUGUGCUCACGCAGGACUUUUUGAUUGUUAUUAGCAAAGGAACGCAAGAGUGCACCAAAACGAGGGAGUUUGAAAGAUUCCAGGAGAUGUGCUACAAAGCGUACCUGGCAAUCCGGCAGCACGCCAACCUCUUCAUCAACCUCUUCUCCAUGAUGCUGGGCUCGGGAAUGCCUGAGCUGCAGUCGUUCGACGACAUCGCUUACAUCAGGAAGACCCUGGCCCUGGACAAGUCGGAGCAGGAGGCCCUCGACUACUUCAUGAAGCAGAUGAACGACGCUCACCACGGCGGCUGGACUACCAAGAUGGACUGGAUCUUCCACACGAUUCGCCAGCAUGCCAUGAACUGAGGAAAGAAUGGUGGCAGCAGCAGGACACGAAGAACCACAAGAACAAUAAAAAAUAAGCAAGUUGUUUCCCCUAACACACUAAGGCCUGGUGAAUAUUUCUGCCAGUGCUUGACUCUGAAACUUUGCCUGCCAGCGCGACUCAAAACGAGCACGCUCAGAAGAAAUGCCUAAAUGCUCCUUUUCCUUACAGACGUCUGAAAUUUCUCUCCCUGCAUUAUGAACUUAAGAAGGUGGAGUUAAAUUUCACCUGUUGUCUUCAUAGGAGCUAAGCUAGCAUGGACCUGGACAGCAUUGGCCUUUACGUGAACCGAGUAUAGACAGGUUACAUUUUAUCUUUUUAUUUUCAAAGCUUCUACAACCAUCAACAUUAAGAGAGGAACUUCAUGAAGUGAUACACGAUGAGCACAGCUAGCUUUUUAUAAAGAGAUUGAAACCGAAUUAUUUCAACUACCUAUUUUUGAACUGAUGAAGGCGGGGCCAGGUGAAGAUGGGGCUGUUGUUGCAGCCGGGCAGCUCACCUGCCAGGUACUCUCAGAAUUUUCCAAUAAGAUUAUAUAAACACUGAACAAACCUCAAAGUUUUUUGGGAAAACCUCAACUAAGCAUUUAACACUAUUUGAAGAAAUUGCAAUGAUGACCUAUUUGUAACCUACCAGUGUACAGAUCAUGUCCCGUCAUAUAAGUGACUUUUUGUACAGCAGUAUAUCCAUAUACUUGUAUGCAUUUGGUGCACAUAUUCCUUUUUGAAUCUAUUCUCUACUGAGCCAAAGUACUACAUGCAUAACUCCACUAGUCUGCAGUCUUAUUGUUAAAAACAAACAAACCCCCCCCAAAUAAUCACUACUAUUCCAAGUCUUGUGUGUACUCUUAGCACUGAUGUCUACAGUAUUUGUUUUGUUCUUGUCUGUCAGUAUUAGUUUGUGUCACAUGUAGAGGCACAAACGUGUCAUCUAUUCAGUGCACAUGGACCCGAGAAAAACUUUCUGAUGACCAGCUGGUUAGGGUUCGUCUUUCUUUUUCUUUUUUCCUUUUUGGGAUGCACCAAAAUAUGAAUUUGGCCAAAAGCGGGGUUUUUUCCCCCCUUUUUGUUUGUUUUUGUAUUGCGCUAGUUUGUUUCAGGAAAACAAAGUUUUUCCUCAAUACGUUAGUUCGAAAAAACAUUUUUUAAGGUCAUCCUCAUCACAGAGUCUCGGAACAUUUAGCCAGCACCAGAUUCAUGUUGGACGACACUUACGGGUCGAUAAACGUCAGGCUCGAUAACCGACCAAUGUAUCAGCGCAUCCCUGUUUUUUCCUGUUUGGUGGUUUUAUUGUCGUUUAGCUAACACGGGCAGGAAACAAAGGAUGUGCGGUGUUCAUUUCGUGUGCUGUGCAGUUACUCUAUGCAAGUCAUGAUCCUAUAACAUGUACUGUAUACUGAUGUCGGGCACAGAGGGAAGCGCAUCUUCCCCCUGGCGUGCUCGCACAGAGAACCGUCGGUGGACUUUGUAUAGAAAGUGCACGGAAGAAGGAAAAAACCCCAAAAAACUCACGAAGUUGCCGUGUAACAGUAUCGUCUACUUCCCAGCAGAAAGAGCUGUGCAAAACACCUCUGGACCCUGCCUUUUACUUGUCCUUGAGAAACUUUGGAGCUUCGGUCUAAGCCAUGUGUUUAAAAAAUAAAAAAACAAAACUUUUUUGCUCUCAAUCACAGAGAGCAAAGAAAGAAAAGUAUCCGAAGUUAUAUUUUUGAAACCUUCCAAGUGUCUUCUUCCAUACCUGUGAUUGAUGCCCUGUGCGUGGAAGCGUGGCCGGCGUUAUCGCUGCACAGACUCUUGUACGCGUCCAUAGGUGUUGUAGCUUUACUAAAGUGAUGCCUAACAGGGCGGUUUCCUGGAAACGUUAAGUCUGGUAAAGUAAGCGAAGUUUGAGCGAGGACUUAAAACUGCUCAGGAAACUGUCGACUGACAUGCACGCGCUUCUGUACGGGAUACAGAGCAGUGGGCCGGACCCGAACUGACAGAACUAACCCUCACAUAUACUUUAUAGAAGACCUAUCUAAACCACGCUCUCUCCCUUUGUACUUGUUUUGUUUCUCACACUGCAUUAUGCAUGACUAUCUACCUUUUUUUUUUUCUUCGACCUGAUGUUGUCUACUUGAAUUUCAUGUAUAGAAAUGACCUUGUUACUUGUUUAAGGUACAACAAAGUCACAGUGAAGUUAACAGAUACUGAUACAACGUGUGCAAAUGCUUUCCUUGAAUAACUACAGAGGUAAUAUAUUUUUGUAUUUUUUAAAUGUAAGCAAUCUCAUGAGUAACGGCUAACCAGGAAAAAGGCAAAAAAAAAAAAAGUUAAAAAAAAAAGGAGGAGUCACGUGUAACAUUCACCAUCCUCACGCAAAAUCCAGCAAACAGCCUCUUGUCAUCGAAAAGGAUGUGACUGAAGGACAAGGACUUGGUGCUGCAGUUGGAGUACCAUUCUCACAUCAAGUGGAGGGAAUUUUUUGCCCCAAGUGGAAGUCUCUAAGCACAACGCGUACAAAGAAACUACCCUGCAUGUUUUAAAAUGAUCCAGACCCAUGCUAGUUAUCUUUCCACCUGUAUAUGUCAGAAAAAAACACCUCAAAUACUUCUUUUUAGUCAUCCUCAUAUCACCAUGUCUGUAUGCAUUCAUUUAUUGUGCUGUUGAAUAAAAACAUUUCUCCUCGUGAA